GCUCCUCUUUCUUGCCAGUCUUGCAUCAAGUCAUCACUGCCCCUUGCUAUUGCUUCAAAGCCACGAAGCUUCCAAAGCCGACUUCCACAGCGUCCGCGAGGCCGUCGGUAGCGACGAUAGACUUAUACGGGUAGAAAUCGAUGAUGUUCAUCCAUCAGUAAGUCGCCCUGAUAUAAGCAAAAAAGAAAGGGAACCUAUACACUAACAUCCGACACAAACUGAAGUGGCAACCCAAAUUCAAGUCCGCAAAGGACGAAAUGACCGCUGCCCACAAGGCCAGCAACCUAGCCUGGAAACGCACCCUAGGAGUCAUGCUCGCCGUACGCCUAGGCUGGGAAUUCGUCUUCUUCGUCGACGACGACAUCACGCCCUACACCGACGGCCGCCUGACCCUCUCCGCCGAGCAUCUCGCCUACGCCCUGCGCGCCAUGCGCGAGGACUCGGACCUCCAGGCCGUCAGUUGGCCGUCCAUCCACAUGGCGGACAACGGCGUCGUGGGCCACGCACGACCCCUCGUCGGCCUCGGCCAGGACGUGUUCGUGAGCGGCUCGGCGAUCCUGCUGCGCGUCACGACGCACAUGGCCUUCUUUCCCUACAGCAUGUACAACGAGGACUGGCUGAUGAUGGUGCAGCUUGUUGCGGCGGCGCCGAACUGGACGCGAGCGCUGGCGCGCGCGGGAGGGGUGCGGCAGAAGCCGUAUGACUGCUUCAGCCUCCAGCGGGCGCUGCACGAGGAGCCUGGCGAGUUGGUUGGGGAAGGGCUGAUGAGCAUGAUUGAAGACCACGGGCCUGCAUUGAUCAAUAAGGGGAAUGUCGAUUUCUGGGCCCGGGUCAAACAGCAUCGGCGUGAACUGUUGUACUGGGUCAUCCGGAAGCGGAAUGACGGGCAGCUUGUUACCUGGUCGAGGGAUGAGACUCCGUUGACCACGGAUCCGGUCACCGGUGCGAUGAAUGCAGCUCUGUGGUCGAAUGACAAGGUUACCCCGGAAGAUUUACGGAGAUGGGUGCAUGUAUGGUGGCAAGAUCAGACAUACUGGAGGUCCGUAUUGCUCACCCUGGCCGACGAGGCCAAGCAGAGACCAAAGGUUCCUGCAACUGCGAUCCCUCAAUUUCUGUCGCAACCUCGGGAUCCAUGGGUAAACAAGGAUGGGGAAGGUGUGCGUAAGGAGGUGAAAGCGAGGGUGUAGCUACAUCGACAUUUGAACCAGGGGUGCAGAAAAAAAAUACUCUUUUAGUCCCAUGCGCCUUAGAUCUUGAGGAUGACUCUCGCCAAGCUAUCAAGCGCAUUAGAAGGACCUGUCCAUUCAACUGGUAAUGCAAUAUAACGCUUAAGAUAGUGAUUGGUACGGGAACGUGGAGCUGCUUCUUGGUGAUGUCCGUCUGUAUGCGGAGUGCAUGAUUUUGAUGAGUUAUACCCUGACUGGGCGUAGCAUAAAAGGGGUACAGCAAGUACCGCAGUACAGCGUUUCGAGC